AUGUCCCAACAACACGAAGGAGAGCCAUUGGUCUCCUCCCUGUGGACCAGGUCAUUGAUUUCAGGAGCAAUUGCAGGUCUUACAGUGGAUUGCUCCCUCUACCCUCUCGAUACCAUCAAAACCCGACUUCAAAAAGCACGCGACCACACCGCACCCCAAACCCGAGUCUCUCUACGUCAAACCUUCCGCGGCAUUUACGCUGGCCUCCCCUCCGUCCUGUUCGGCUCCGCCCCCUCAGCCGCCUCAUUCUUCAUCGUCUAUGAUGGCGUCAAGCGUUCCCUUCUCCCUCCCUCCAGCUCCGAGCCACAACCCCGAGCCCGCAUUAUCUUCACACACUCCCUCGCCUCCUCCCUAGGUGAAAUCGCUGCUUGCGCCGUCCGCGUGCCAACAGAAGUAAUCAAGCAGCGCGCCCAGGCAGGCCUCUUCGGCGGCUCUAGUCUCCUCGCACUCAAGGACAUCCUCUCACUGCGCCAUGCCACCUCCGACCCCACCGCAAAGCGCGGCUACAGCCAGGUCUUCCGCGAGCUCUACCGCGGUGCCGGAAUCACUAUCGCCCGCGAAAUCCCUUUCACCGUUCUGCAGUUCACCAUGUGGGAGUCCAUGAAAGAAGCCUACGGUAAGCGCUAUUUGUGCUCCGCGGAGACUGCCACUUCCGUCAUUGAAACCCAGAUCCCCGCCUCCACGAGCGCCAUGUUCGGCAGUGUUGCCGGUGCGAUCGCGGCGGGUCUCACGACCCCUCUGGAUGUCAUUAAGACACGAGUUAUGCUUGCGCGCCGUGGAGAUGGCGGCUCCGAGGCUCCGGUGCGGCUGAAGGAGAUUGUGCGCGGGAUAGCGCGCGAAGGGCCUGGUGCUUUCUGGCGCGGAAUCACGCCGCGUGUGACUUGGAUCGGAAUCGGUGGAGCUGUAUUCUUGGGUAGUUAUCAGAAGGCUUCUAAUACACUUGAGGGGAGGAGAGAGAAGGUUGAGAAGGGGAUUUGA